AUGCCUAUCCUGGCAUGCUCUCCCUUUCUCACUUUUGUUCUCUUGCCAUUCCUUCUAUUCCUACUUUGUCUGCCUGGACCUGCCUCGGCUGCCGGUUCAGCCGUUCUAGGAAUUGACCUUGGAACGGAGUACCUCAAAGCUGCCCUGGUAAAACCCGGUAUACCUCUUGAGAUUGUCCUUACCAAAGACUCGAAACGCAAGGAAUAUGCGGCGGUUGCUUUUAAACCUUCGCGCGACGGAAAUGCAGCUUUUCCGGAACGGUUUUACGGUAGCGACGCCCUCGCCCUCGCCGCUCGCUUUCCCGAUGAUGUUUACUCGAAUCUGAAGACGCUUCUCGGUCUUCCCUUUCAGGAAGAUAGCGAUGCCGUCAAGCUAUACGGAGGAAGAUACCCUGCCUUAAACCUCGAAGGUGCACAAGGAGACAGGGAUAGUGUGGCACUGCGGAGUCAGAAAUUAGAUGGAGCCGAGGGAAAAGACGCCUUUCUGGUUGAAGAAAUUCUUUCGAUGCAGCUUAAACAAAUCAAAGCAAAUGCCGAAGCCUUAGCUGGAAAAGGCACUACUAUCCGUGAUGCGGUCAUCACAUACCCAGCUUACUAUACCGCCGAAGAGAAGCGGAGCGUCGAACUGGCCGCAAAGUUGGCUGGAUUGAACGUGGAGACAUUAAUUAGUGAUGGUCUUGCCGUCGGGUUGAAUUAUGCGACUAGCCGAACCUUUCCAAGCGUAACUAAUGGUCAACAACCAGAGUACCAUAUCGUUUAUGAUAUGGGCGCAGGAUCCACAACGGCCACCGUUUUGCGUUUCCAAAGUCGGGAGGUCAAGGACGUUGGCCGUUUCAACAAGACGGUACAAGAGGUUCAUGUCUUGGGCACUGGUUGGGAUAAAACACUUGGUGGGGACGCCUUGAACGACCUUAUCGUUGAUGACAUGAUCACCAAGUUCGUCGAAAGCAAGAAGCUCAAGGAGGGAACCACAGCUUCGGAUAUUAGGGCUCAUGGCAAGACAAUGGCCAAACUCUGGAAAGAAUCCGAACGCGUCCGACAGAUUUUGAGUGCCAAUACUGAGACUGGUUCCACAUUCGAAGGUUUAUACGAGGAGGAUGUCGUCUUCAAGUACAAAAUUACACGAUCACAGUUCGAGAGCCUGGCCAAAGACCAUGCUGCUAGGGUAGGACAACCUAUCGAAGAUGCUCUGGCAGCGGCAGAGCUAAAACUGAGUGACAUCGAAUCUGUCAUUCUUCACGGAGGUGCCAUCAGAACACCAUUUGUUCAGAAGCAAUUGGAAAAGCAAUCUGGAGGUUCAAGCAAACUUAGAACAAGCGUGAAUGCUGACGAGGCUGCCGUUUUUGGUGCAGCCUUCAAGGGAGCCUCAUUGAGUCCUAGUUUCAGAGUGAAGGACAUUCGUGCCGUGGACUCCGCUAACUACGCUGUGAAGAUCAAGUGGGUAUCAGACGGAAAGGAAAGAGAACAGAAGCUGUUUAUCCCGACAUCUCAAAUUGGCGUCGAAAAGCAGGUGACUGUGAAAAACUUGGAGGACUUUGAGUUCAACUUUUAUCAACAAACCACUUCCGGCGAAGAUCUAAUCGAUGUCCCUGUCCUGAGCGUGGCUACACAAAAUCUAACCGCGUCUGCCGGUAAAUUGACUGACAGCUUUGCCUGUGCGCCUGUCAAUAUCACUACAAAGUUCAAUGUCCGUCUCAACCCUACUGAUGGGUUGCCAGAGGUUAUCGGCGGCUCUGUGAGCUGUGAAGUUGAAUCAAAGAAUCCCCUUGGUCAUGUUGUGGACGAAGUUAAGCGCGUAUUUGGCCUAGGGAAGAAAGAUGACCAGAAGCCAUUAAAGGAGGAUACCGACGAGUCAACCGAGUCUGUGACGCCCGAUGAUGAGCCCACGGCAUCGUCUGAGACGGCCUCGUCUUCAACAGAAACAUCAACUACUGCCUCGUCAAAGGAGACCCAAAAGGCAGAGCCAACAUCUGGAAUCAAAAGCAUCCCAAUCGCCCUGAAAUCUUCCACUCUAGGACGCCCGCCAUUGUCAGCAACGGAACUUGAGCGGAUCAAGGGCCGCCUUGCUGCGUUUGACGCAUCUGACCGAGAACGCAUGUUAAGAGAAGAAGCCCUGAAUGAAUUGGAAGCAUUCACAUACAGAGGCCGGGAUUUGGCUGAUGAUGAAGAAUUCCUCAAAGCGCUCAAGGAAGGCCAGCUUGCUGUUCUAAAUGAGCGCCUUGAACUAGUAAGCGAAUGGCUCUAUGGCGAUGGCGUGGAUGCAAGCACAAAGGAUUUCAAGGAGAAGCUAGCUUCCCUGACCGAGAUAGUCAACCCGGCACUGAGAAGAAAGAAGGAAAACUCAGAGCGUGACGUGAAGGUAAAGCUUUUACAAGAGAUGCUCAACGGGGCCAAAUCGAUUCAGAGCUUGGUAGAAACGCAAAUGAAGAACGAUGAAGCAUCAUUUUCUUCUUUGCAAGCCGCCGAAACUGCGUCCUCCACCUCUGAAUCUAUUUCAAGUGCUGAGACUUCCACCACUACCACUGCCGAGUCAGCUUCUGCGUCUGACGAUGUUGAUCUUGAUGACGACCCUUACUCGUCGUCCUCAACCUCAUCCUCGACUAAGUCAUCGGUAACCGCAAUACCCACCGCACCAACCUAUACCAUCUACUCACCACAAGAUUCGGCUGCCCUACAACGCGUUCUUGAGUCAGUAACCACGUGGUUUGACGCACAGCUCGAGAUCCAACAAACCCUCACUGAGUCGGAUGAUCCGGCUCUAACCGUGGCAGAAAUUGACUCGCGCCUCCAGGACUUGGAGCGUGUACUGCAACGCAUUUAUAGUAAAAUGGGCGCCAAACAACCUGGCGGUGGCUCUUCUUCGUCAUCUUCCAAGAAGAGCGAAGGAAAGAAGGACAGCAGCAAAACGAAGUCCAAGGCAGGCAAAACAGCAAAACCGUCUGCAAAGGAUGAAUUGUAA